AUGGACUCGGACGAGGGUUACAACUACGAGUUCGACGAGGACGAGGAGUGCAGCGAGGACAGCGGCGCGGAGGAGGACGAGGAGGACGAGGAGGAGGACGAGCCCGACGAUAACCUGGACCUGGGCGAGGUGGAGCUGGUGGAGCCCGGGCUGCGUGUCGGCGGAGAACGAGACGGGCUGUUAGGCGGUGAAACGGGCGGGCUGGGCCCCGGAGGCGGCGGUGGUGGAGGCGGCCUGGGCGGCGGGCCGGGCCCCGGAGGCGGCGGCGGCCCCGAGCAGGAGGAGGAUUAUCGCUACGAGGUGCUGACGGCAGAGCAGAUCCUGCAGCAUAUGGUGGAGUGCAUCCGCGAGGUCAACGAGGUCAUCCAGGUGCGACCCCCGGGGCCGGCCGGGGGGGUGGGGGGUCGAGGGAGGCCUGGCGGCCCGCAACGACAACAGGCCUGGCCUGGGGGGCGGCGGGCUCGCCCCUCCCGCGGCUCGCAGCGCCUCGCCCGCUCCCAAGAAGCUCCUCUGGGGGAGAGAGGGGGCUCCUCGGCACCCCCUUCCCGGACUAGGCCCCUGGGGGCAGGCCGGGAGCUCGCUUCCUGCCGUGGAAGCGUCGGGAACCAGGCCCGUGGCUUUGGAAGGGCUCCUCGCUCUUUAACCCAGGCGACUAUUACUCGAAUACUACUUAGCCAUUUCAACUGGGAUAGGAAGCUGAUGGAGAGGUACUUCGAUGGCAACUUGGAGAAACUCUUUGCAGAGUGUCAUGUAAUUAAUCCAAAAAAGUCUCGAACGCGCCAGAAAACAAGGUCUUCAGCCCAGGACAUGCCUUGUCAGAUCUGCUAUCUGAACUACCCAAACUCGUACUUCACUGGCCUAGAGUGUGGACACAAGUUCUGUAUGCAGUGCUGGAGUGAAUAUUUAACUACCAAAAUAAUGGAGGAAGGCAUGGGACAGACCAUUUCAUGCCCAGCUCAUGGCUGUGAUAUCUUAGUCGAUGACAAUACAGUUAUGCGUUUGAUCACAGAUUCCAAGGUUAAAUUAAAGUACCAGCAUUUAAUAACCAAUAGUUUUGUAGAGUGUAACCGACUGUUAAAAUGGUGUCCUGCCCCAGACUGCCACCACGUUGUUAAAGUCCAGUAUCCUGAUGCUAAACCUGUUCGCUGCAAAUGUGGACGUCAGUUUUGCUUUAACUGUGGUGAAAACUGGCAUGAUCCUGUUAAAUGCAAGUGGUUAAAGAAGUGGAUUAAGAAGUGUGAUGAUGACAGUGAAACUUCUAAUUGGAUUGCAGCAAACACAAAGGAAUGUCCAAAAUGCCAUAUCACUAUCGAGAAGGAUGGAGGCUGCAACCACAUGGUCUGUCAGAACCAGAACUGCAAAGCAGAGUUCUGCUGGGUGUGUCUGGGCCCCUGGGAGCCGCAUGGAUCUGCCUGGUACAACUGUAAUUGCUACAAUGAGGAUGAUGCAAGGGAUGCACAGGAGCGAUCCAGAGCAGCCCUGCAGAGGUACCUGUUCUACUGCAACCGCUACAUGAACCACAUGCAGAGCCUGCGCUUUGAGCACAAGCUCUACGCUCAGGUGAAGCAGAAAAUGGAGGAGAUGCAGCAGCACCAACUGUCGUGGAUCGAGGUGCAGUUCCUGAAGAAAGCAGUCGAAUCCUCAUGCCAGUGUCGUGCACACUCAAUGUACACUUACGUCUUUGCCUUCUACCUCAAAAAGAAUAAUCAGUCCAUUAUCUUUGAGAAUAACCAAGCAGACUUAGAGAAUGCCACAGAGGUGCUUUCUGGGUACCUAGAGCGAGAUAUAUCCCAAGAUUCCCUGCAAGACAUAAAGCAGAAAGUACAGGAUAAGUACAGAUACUGCGAGAGCCGACGAAGGGUUUUGUUGCAGCACGUGCAUGAAGGCUACGAGAAGGACCUGUGGGAGUACAUUGAGGACUGAGGGUGGCCCUGCAUAAAUGAACUCUUGAAACCUUUCCCAUCUCUAGAGUGCUCAUGCGACCCCAGUAAACACACACACACACGAGGCACUGCGCCUGUUACACCGCUGGUCUGUAGUACCGGGCUUCUGUUUUCUUAACAGAAAAUUUAAGUAAAUUAUAUUGUAAUAAUUAAAAAAAAAAAGAUAGAUAAACCAUUGUACAACAGUAUUCUAGGCGGCCAAUAAGAGUGUGACAGAUGCCACUAAAAAAACAAACAAACCCUCCAACUUUAACUUGUAACGUAGCUUCAUUCUCCAAGCCGACUCCUUUUUCUUUCUGUCUUUCUUUUUCCUGUGUGUAGUACAGAUGAAAAUUUAAACCAGUUUCUUGAUACUUGCUUUUCAUGCCCAAACCAGCCAUUUUGUUGUACUUUGGUAAAGGGGAGGUUGCUCUCCUGUCCCCCGCCCCUCCCUCCUCUCUGCCACUCAAGUACAUGGUGAUGUUGCUUGGCUCGCUGUAAAGAUGGUUCUUGGGGAGGGGAGGAGGGGGGUACACAGCAAGGAAAAAAAAAUAAACCAACCUUUGUAUAUGACUUUUAAAACAAAAGAGAACAACACAGUAUUUUUCAAAGUUGUAUAUAGCGCAUAUGCAUGGACAAAGAGCAAGUGUGGCACGUGUUUGCAUAAUGUUUAAUUACAAAAAUAUUUAUUCUUUAAAAAUCUUCAAGAUUA